AAUCAUAUCGAUUAAUUAUGUGAAGGUUAUGGUUAAAAACAUAUACUUUGCUUAGACAUGAGUAACAGAGAAGACUGUAUGCCAGAAAUGAUUGUAGAUGAAAAAGAUAACGAUCAUAAUUUGCAAUAUACUUCCUUGGAUGGAGAAGAACAGGAAAAAUCUUUGGAAGAAAAACUAUUAAAUCAUGUAGCAAAUAGCAAGGCAAUUUUCAAAAGUCAACAAAAAAAUGAUCCAGACUUGAGUUUUGAAGAAAAAUUAACAAUUGCGCGGAAUGUUCUUCAAAAGAGCUAUUGUUUGUUCUUGUCUAAGUUUGGACAUUAUAUGAAGAGAGAACAUUUAAAAUACUUUGAAAAGCUUAAGGACAAAGAUUAUGAAAUUGCUCAUCAUUUUAACAGAUUGCAAAGAUAUUUUAACAAUUCAACAAGACAGACAGAUGUUAGAAAUAGGAGAUAUCAAGCUUUGAAAACAUUAAUAGAAGAAGGAGAAUACUUUAGUGAAACUGAAAUGAUGAAGAGAAAUCCUUUGUUAUAUGAGCAUUUAGUUGGACAAUAUAUGACUGAAGAACAAAAAAAAAUUAGAGAUAAUAUAGAUACUAAAAAUAUUACUUUUGUGAAUUUAUUAAUGGAAAAUAUUGAAAGGGAUAAUUUAAAGAAGAAGCAAAAAUUACAGGAAGAAGAAGAACAAAGUGUGUUAGAGGAAAAUGAUUCAGAUGAAGAACAGGAGGAUGUGUAUAGUUCAAUAGAAAGCAUAGAUAAAGUUACUUUAUGGGGUAAAACAUCUAUGUCGGAAAGUAGUAGUAUACAACAUAAUAGAGCAGUAAUAGAUCCAGAUAGUAUUUCAAAGGCAGAGAAACAAAUACUUAAACAGGAAUUUGUGACCAAUAUGUAUCAAAGCUUUCUGGAUGGGAAAGACACAGAUUUUGAUUACAGUAAUGUUGAUGACAAUGAAGCAUAUGACAAUAUAGAUCUAAGAACACAGGAUGAAGAAGAUAAAUAUUUUGAUUCAGAAUCACCUGAAACUAUUGGUCCAGCUGAAGACACAAAUGAAAUUGAGACUGAGGAUGAACUGGAUAUUUAUAUGAAAUCAUUGAAGGAGCAGGAUGCUACAAGUAGGCUUUCCUUGGAUAAUCUUGUAUGUGAUGAUUAA